CUCUGACGGGGGAGGUCAGACGAGACGCGAGGCAAAAACAUGCGCUCGCGGAUGAUGAAGCGUCUCCGUUCCUUUGCGCGCGGCUCUGCCUCACCUGAACAGAGGCACUUGGAACUAGGACUUCUGUAAUCUACGCAUGCACAUAUUUCCUGCAAAGAAACACUUACUUUGUCGCUCUUAGCGAGGCAACCAUGCACGGAGAUGGGGAAGGGGACGUAAAAGUGUCUAGUUUUUGUGCGUCUGGAUACAGGCGUAGCGCAUUAUUACAUCUGUUCACCUGACCAGGCUCAUGGAGACUCCAGCGAAAUACUUCUCAUCCGUGCUCGCCUGCAACACCAUCCCGUUCCCACUUGGAGUGAUUAUGUGGAACGUGACCGAAACGGAGGCGACCUUAGAUACGAGGAAAGACUUGGUGGUCCGCGCCGUAACGGGGUGCCUGCUCUCCGUGCUCAUCCUCUGGACGCUGCUCGGGAACAUUAUGGUGUGCACUGCCGUGCUCAGGUUCCGCCACUUGAGAUCCAAAGUGACCAACAUUUUCAUAGUUUCCCUGGCAGUGUCGGAUUUAUUCGUUGCUGUUCUGGUGAUGCCAUGGAAAGCAGUCGCCGAGGUGGCAGGUUACUGGCCGUUUGGUUCCUUCUGUAAUAUUUGGGUAGCUUUCGACAUCAUGUGCUCCACAGCGUCUAUCCUCAACCUCUGUGUCAUCAGCGUUGAUCGCUACUGGGCAAUAUCAAGUCCUUUUCGAUACGAGAGAAAAAUGACCCAACGAGUGGCCUUUGUGAUGAUUAGUCUGACCUGGACACUGUCUGUACUCAUAUCCUUCAUUCCGAUCCAACUAAACUGGCACAAGGCCAGCGUGGAAAUCAUCGGCCCAAACAACACCACGAUGGAAGAACCAGUCGAAGAGAAUUGCGACUCUAGCCUCAACAGAGAAUACGCCAUCUCCUCGUCUUUGAUAAGUUUCUAUAUCCCUGUGGCGAUUAUGAUUGUGACAUACACCCGCAUCUAUAGGAUUGCUCAAAUACAGAUAAGGAGGAUAGCAUCUCUGGAGCGCGCUGCUGAGCACGCACAGAGCUGCAGGACGAACAGACUCGAGUGCCAACACCACAAUACCUUGAAAACGUCCAUAAACAGGGAAACCAAAGUUCUGAAAACUCUUUCUGUGAUAAUGGGUGUAUUUGUCUGUUGCUGGCUACCUUUCUUCAUUCUGAACUGCAUGGUUCCUUUUUGUGAUAAACCACCCACCGACCAGGAAGCUGGACUACCGUGUGUCAGUGAAACUACUUUUGAUGUGUUUGUGUGGUUCGGCUGGACCAACUCCUCUCUAAACCCCAUCAUCUACGCGUUCAAUGCAGAGUUUCGGAAAGCCUUUGCAAACUUGCUCGGUUGUCGUAACUUUUGCUCCACUACACCGGUUGAAACAGUGAAUAUAAGUAAUGAACUUGUCUCAUAUAACCAAGACACUUUAUUCCACAAAGAGAUCGUCAAUGCGUAUGUGAACAUCAUCCCAAAUGUCGUGGACUGUAUUGACAACGAAGACACCUUUGACCGGAUCUCACAGUUUUCUCAUAAUAAUGAAAUAGCGACCGAUUCGGUUUGUGACUUAAACGACUGCGAAACAGAUAUUUGUCUAGACAGGUUAACACCGUUCACUCCAAAUGGUUUACACUGACAAGUCCUUGGCAUCACCAGAUCCGUUAAAAUGGUGUCGUUCUGGUUAUAUAUUUUGAUAUGUAAUGUUGGUGUUCUAUGCUUAAAUUGACGUCGUACGUGAAGUGAACACCUGAUACAUCUGUGUUGCUAUUCUUCUUUGAAGGUUCAAAUUCAUGGUGUUUUUUAUCAGAUUGUUUUAUAUCCGAUCCGAGAUUGUCAGUUAGGCAACAGUCAGAAUCUCACAAGUUCAUGUAGUCAAAGGUGCAAUGUGUACAAUUAUUUAAAGACCACCAACAUGAUAAAAUGCUAUUGUAUCCUGACAUCCAUCGCCAACAAAUCUGCAAAAUUGGAAAGCCUUACGUCACCACCUUUAGACCUUUAGUCGUUGUUACAUUGUAUUUUCAAAGACGCCUUAUUAUCUUUGGGACUGAGUGCAAUAUGAUUUCGAAGGUAACGUGUUGUGUUUUCUGUGAUGUUUCACCGAGAAGGUUGCCAAAUAGUCAAGUGCCCACUAAACACUCUCUCUCUCUCUCUCUCUCUCUCUCUCUCUCUCUACACUGUCAUGUAACUCAUUGUUGCACGCUUGUCCUUGGUAUAUGCAGUGACCCAUACCUCACAUUCCAUUCAGAAAAUAAUUAUUGUCCUAUAUCUGUACAAUAUUGCUAAAGCAACAAGUAAUUCAAACACAGAUGAAUUUCAUGUGAAUGUUAUGAAUUACAGUCAACAAAGAGAGAUACAUAAAUAUGGAGUGAAUUAUUUUCAUAGAUUCAUAAAUAUGGAGUGAAUUAUUUUCUCUACCAUUGAAAAAAAAACAUCUUUGGUGAUGAACAAAAUCCUGGGGUUCUCUCGCUCUCUCUCUCUGUAUUUGAUUCAUUCAAUAUGUCCAACCCUUACAACCAACUUGCAAAUGCGAUCAUAGUUCAUUGUGAUUGCGUGAGAUGAAGCAUCCCACUUUAUCAUUCACUUGGAUGUAAAUUUGACCUCACUCCCUUUCUUCAUUUUUAUACUGUACUGAUGACACAAUAUGAAUGUAUGCUGUCCUUGAAACAGUGACGUGCACCAUCUUUCUUAAAAUAAAGCUCUUUACACAGUCAAAUCA